AUGGAUUGUAAUACAUUUCAAAAAGCUAAUUUAUGGACGCACGUCCAUGCGGUAAAGCAAGAUGAAACUGCCUACAUGAAGGAACUAACGACGAGUAUGGAGUCCUUGUCCACGCCAGUCAAGGGUACCUGUUUUGCUGCCCUGCAUCUGACUGGAAAGCACAAGGCUCUGAAUUCCACCAUCAAGUACUGGGAUAUUGCAUCUUUGUACAAGAUGCUAACCUACUUGGACGCACCCCGACAACUCAAGCAGUUGACCAAGAAGAUACAGAAGAUUGAACGCCAGCAUCCACAUUUACUUUGUGUGGAAGAUAACAAUGAGGAGAAUGGCAUGGCCGAAUCCAACUCUUUCUCCUCCUCCAAGCGCAAGAAGAAACCUGAGAGCAAGGAAGACGCUCCUGAGAAGAAGCGUCGCCGCCGACCGCGCAAGAUUGAUGACCUUCGCAUUCAGCUCAAGAAGCUCCAGGGUGACUUUUUGGAGGGCAAUCGGGUGGUUUCCAAUAACAACAAGAAGCAGAAUGUGGAUUCGUCAGUUACUGAACUGAUCGAAUCUGCCUCGGUCUCUGGUUCUCUAGCCCGAAAGAUUCGUACCCUGUGGGCACCCACCCAAAAGGCAGACUACCUCGAGUUUGUCAUGUUGGAAAUGCCAAAGAAGACCGUCUGGCGAUACGUGGCAGACUUGGUCCAUUUCAAGCCCAGUGAUUUUAGUGUCGACUAUUUCCUGGCGGAUAUCUUUGACGAAUCCAUUCCAAAGGACAGCUUUGUCUGUUGGAUGCGCAAACUCAUGGAAUCUUCGGACGACGACGAGCUUGUCACGAACUUUCAAGAGGUAGCAGCCGAGUUUCCGCAAAUCUACAAGUCGUAUGCCUUUUUGCGCAACCAGAACCGUUUGGUGCGCUCCAGGGAAGUAGUGGAACUGUUGGCAGCGCACAUUCCAGUGGAGACUGCCAUUUGGUACUUUGAAGAACUUUACAGCGUCUCGCCCCUACAAGUCUCUACCAUAUUGACCCGCCGUUUGGGGCAAAACGACCUGCUGUCUCAAAUCCGUCACAACGAAAGUAAGGUGUUUACCUUUGGUAAGCUAUUGGAACGUCUCUUGACGUUUCAAAAGCUUGGUCAAACCAAGUUGGCAACCUUGCUUCUGGGUGUCGCAGCCAUGAAGCUGGGCCUCUUGAAGGAAAAGUAUGGUGGUGCUGGCGAUUGUCAUACCAAAAAGGCAGUGGCCGUCUUUGGAGAUGCCUCUUCUUCCAUGCAGACUGCCAUUGAAGCUGCGGCCAUUAUUGCCAGUAUCAUCUCCACAACCUUGGAUGGAGAACUAAGCUUUUUUGCCAGUGGCUUGGUAAAGUCACCUCAUCUCAAGCCAUCCUCUGUCACCGCGACCUUGAAAGUGUGUCAAACCAUCCAAGCAUCCGGUUGCACCAACCUUGCCGCUUGCUUGUGGCCAUACUUUGACCAAAACAAGGUCGUGGACACCAUUGUCCUGGUGACGGACGAGUAUGAAAAUACCAAACAGAAUGGCUAUUACUUUGCCGACUUGUUGGCAGCCUACCGCAACGAAGUGAAUCCCAAUGUGGUCUUGGUGGUGGUCCGUGUGGGCACGGGAAGUCCCCAAUUCCAACGCUCUUUGGAGCAACAUGGAAUUGAACCCAACAAGGUGGUCAUUAUUGAUGACAGUCGCCCUGACCUGACCAAGUUUGAUGGAUUGGUGGGUCAGAUUGCGGCAGCCUCCCACCAAAAGCAGAAGCAGAAGCAGCAAGAAGAAGUAGUAGUAGAAGUAGUGCCUCAGGUGGAGACGACAAACAACAAGGCUCAAGAAGUUAUUGAGACCACAGAUCAUGUUCCAUCAUCUUCAACGGAAGAGGAGGACUUUGUCUUGGUCGACGCUUGA